AUGAAUUUAUCUGAACGUGGUUAUCAUCAUUAUAACCCAUCUACUUCUGAAGAAGCAUUAAAUCUUCAAAUUUCAAAUUCUUCUCUUUUACUUAAUAAAAAUCAAACAAAACGAAAUAAAUUCAGUAUUAAUGAAUUGAUUCAAUGUUCAAAGCAUCGAACAUCUGAGUUGAAUUGUUUCAAAAAUCAAAUCACUGUAAGCAGAAUAAAUCAUGAUAAUAAUAAUAAUAAUAAUAAUAAUAAUAAUAAGACAAGUUUAAUGAAUUCUUAUCAUGCUAAUGAACGAUCAAAUAUUGUAAAUUCAUCAAAUCAAUUUAUAAAAUAUUCCAAUGUAAAUAUAAUCGAAAAAACAGAAAAUUUUUGGAGUAGUCCAGAAAUGGAAGUAUUAAAACAUCGUCUUCAGGAACAUUUAAAUCAAAUUAAAAAUACAACAAUGAAUACAUCAUUAUUGACUUAUUCAAAAACUGAAUUAAUCAAGCUUCCAGUAACUGAUAAAUCAGUAACAAUAACAUUUAAUGAUCAAAAACAAUCAGUAAAUAAAAAGUCUAUAGGUAAUUCAAAUCAGUUAAAUGUUAAAUAUCCAUAUAACUACUUGGAUUUACAAGGUUGUAUAAAAUCAGAAUUAAGUGCAUUUCAUCCAGUUCCUAGUAGACGAAUCCCUUCUGAAUAUGUUGAUGUUAAUCCUAUGAAUAUCACUAAUACACAUACAAAACAUUUAAAUACAGAAAUGUACAUGGAUAAAUUUAAUGAUCUCUCCGACUCAUUUCAACAAUCAAAAAUAAAUCUAUUUCAUACAAGUUCAACUGAAUCACCUGUUUCACAAUCAAAUGUAAUCUAUUCUAAACACAAUAUUACUAAUCAAAUAGCUCCAAAUUCCUUUUUACAAUCUUUAGAUACACAUGAUUCACAUUAUUCUGGACAACUAUGUAAACAGUUAAAAACAACUGUAUUUAAUUCUACCACUGAACACUUGGACAAAAUGAAAUCAAACAUCGUUUCACCAAAUAUUCCUCAAAUUACUGUUCCUGGUAUUGAUGAAAACAAAAAGUGUCAAUUAAAACCACCAAUUAUAUUUUCAUCAUUCGAAACAACAAUAACUACUACUAGUAGUACUACAACUACGACUACUACCACAUCUUCUACCUUAGAUCAAGGAAAAACACAGAGAAGAUCAAAUUUCAUUAAGAAAUGUCAAAAAUGUCCGUGUGUUAAUUGUCAAUUAGCACGCAAUAUGAAAUCCAUCGAUAGCAUUAACAGUAACAAUAAGAAUACCUUUAAUAGUUUCAAUGUCGAAACAUUAAAUUUAGAUAACAAAAAAUCAAUACAUAAAGCAGUGCAUUUAUGUAAUUUAUGCGGUAAAACAUAUAGUAAAACAAGUCAUUUAAAAGCUCAUUUAAGAUGGCAUAAUGAUGAAAGACCAUUCCGAUGUAUAUAUGAAUUAUGUAGUAAAGCAUUUACUAGAUCUGAUGAAUUACAACGUCAUAUACGUACACAUACUGGUGAAAAACGUUUUACAUGUAUCAUAUGCAAUAAACGUUUUAUGCGUAGUGAUCAUUUAAGUAAACAUCGUAAAACACAUGAAGUAUCAAGAAGUAAUCUGUUAUAA